AUGCCAAUGCCUGCUAACGAAGCGACGAAGUUUAAUGACGAGUGGUCAGACGACUCUCAGUCCUCUUUGGACUACAUGCGGGACCUUGAGCCCGACCCUUUGAACGAAAACAUCCUCUGUACAUGCAAGGUCGAUGACUCUGACUCCUUGCGCGAAGACGACGAUGCUGGCAGCGAUUCAUCCGAGAUGCGAGGCUACUAUAAGUUAACGAACAAGCCUUGUACCGUCAGAUGUUGUGCAGAUUAUGACGAGGCUGGAAUACGGAGACUACGGCGCGAAUAUCAAAGGGCGGAGCCUUGGUGUAUACGUUUGAGCCUGAACGAAAACUACGUAAAGAUCGGCGCAGAGUUCAUUGGAUGGGAUGUUGAGCUGACGAGAAAUAACAUGGCCAUGAUGAAGGCUUCGAAAGAGUUCAAAGGCGCUGCAUGGCUUGAAUUCUGCCAACGGCACAACUCAGACCGCUGGAUUCGGAAAUACUUCGUUUGGGCCACGAAUAGCCAUGAUCGGGACCACAUUGACCGAGUCUACCAGAAUUUGACCCAGAUCGUUGGGAACCGAUAUGUGACUGUGAAGUCGUCUUGGGACGGAAUCCGAAGCUUUAGCGAUCUUGUCAAGCCGGACGGUGUUAAUAUUGUCCAGGCGCAACUAUUCCUACAGAUACAUUUCGUCGAACACGACAUCGACGUUGAGGAACGAAAGUAUGUCUCGCUAUACUACGCGUUUCCUGCGCAACGAGGCUUUUCAAUUCGGGCUAGGAACAGGAAUGACAACGUCCUGGAACUUGAUCCGGAUGAAUACGUAAGUUUCUGGACACGGUAG